GUUUCCUGCAGUCCGGCCGGCCACAAAGCAGGAUCCGACCGUCUCGUUGGUCCCCUUCGGACAGGAUCCUUCCUGUCGUCACGUUGAAAUGCUUCCCUUCUCCGCGCCAAGCGCCACCUUUGCCGAUAAGCCGUUGUUGGCAGAGAUGGAGUUGCCAGGCCGACAGCCCUCCAGUCUGGACAGAAGCAAACAGACGCCACCGCCUCUUGCACCGCUCAAGUGCCCUUGGUGCGGGGUCUCGUUGACCUGGCUCCAGUUCGCCGGACAUCCAUGCUCCUUGGCCUUUAUUCAGAGUCUUCAACAGGCCAGUCAACCCGGCCUCUUCGGGCGCUCCAGACAGACCGGCGAAGCGACCAAUUUGCACGAUUUCAUCGUGGCCUACGACUUGGAGCCGCUGUUCCUCGGUCAGCUGGCCGAAGAGAUCGCCGAGGCGACAGGACUCGCGUCAAACGACGAACGUCUCUUGGAGCUGGGCCUGUUGGCGCUCGAGUUGUUCACGCAGGACAGCCAAUCAGCCUCGGGGCUGACGGAACUCGCAGCCAGGCGCUUCUCGACGCAUCGACUCGCCAGAAUCCAAGAGGUUCUCGCUAGCCUCAGCUACGGCCAUCAGGUCUGCACACAAUGUCAGCCUCGGCGCUGCUUCACCUGCCCACAAACGGCAGAUUUGCAUCAGGACCUGCAUCACUCAAGCCCCAGCACCACUCGACCCCUCCUCCCGGCCAGCCUCUCCUGUCCAGGCCUAGUCGGUCUGGUGGCCAGACAACUCAUCUCCUCCUCCUCCUCCUCCUCUUCCUCUUCGUCUUCCUCCUCCUCCUCUUCAACAUCUUCCAGUCUUUUGCCUCCACCGCCAUCACUACCGGCAACAAUGGCGGUACCGCCGUUUCUGGCCAAUCCUCGGGAAGAUUUAUCCCUCCUGCUGGAUGGACACCAUCGGGCCCAGCUUGGCGUCGGUCUGAGACGGCUGCCCGACGAGUUCGCUUCGCACACACAAUUGCCCACCGUCUCGGCUCCUCCAGACCUCCUCCUCCUCCGGAGUUCUCCCAAUCCCUCGGCCGGCCUCGCGUCACCCAGCCCCAGUCACAACGGCUCGGCCGGCUUUCCUGCUCUUCUGCCCGACUGUUCGUUGUUUGCGUUGCCUCAACUGCUUGCCUCGUUCGCUCGACACACCGACAUUCCAAUCGUCUGUCCCCCGACGCCUCGACAGGACGGUCUGGCUGCUUCCUCGACGGCAUUCACCAGCGCCGUCUCUGAGGCUCUGAGCUCGAGGCCCGUCCGACCCGGUCCAGUCGGUGUCAACAGGUCGGCAGGUCGCAGUGAGCCGCACACCUUGACGACGGGAUUCAGCCUCCCGGGGCCGUCGAAUGGGGCCGUUGGAAAGCGUGGCCGAACCCGCCUCACCGAGACACAAUUGGGUGUGUUGCGCUCCUACUUUGACAUCAACAAUUCGCCGGGUGAAGAGAAACUGGCCGAAAUCUGCUCACGAACUCAGCUUCAGGAGAAGGUAGUGAAACACUGGUUUCGAAAUACCCUCUUCAAAGAGCGCCAGCGAAACAAAGACAAUCCGUACAACUUUUCUGUGCCUCCGAGCACCAGUUUGAACCUGGAGGAGUAUGAAAAGACGGGCAGGAUCGAGGUCAGGCCC